GGGUCUGAUCCACCUCCUGCAGCUGGGGCAGGUCUGGAGGUACCUCCGCACGCUGUACCUGGGGCUGCAGAGCCGCUGGCAGGCUGAGCACCGCCGGCGCCACUUCUACUGGCGGAUGAUGUUCGAGAGCGCAGACAUCAGCAUGCUGAGGCUGCUGGAGACCUUCCUGAAGAGUGCGCCCCAGCUGGUGCUGCAGCUCAGCAUCAUGGUGCAGCAGAACAGCAUCGAGCCCCUGCAGGGGCUCUCCGCCUCGGCCUCGCUGGUGUCGCUGGCCUGGAUGAUCGCCUCCUACCAGAAGGUGCUGCGGGACUCGCGGGAGGACAAGCUGCCCAUGUCCUACAAGGGCGCCGUGGUGCAGAUCCUCUGGCACCUCUUCACCAUCGCCGCCCGCGCCAUCGCCUUCGCCCUCUUCGCCUCCGUGUUCCAGCUCUACUUCGGCAUCUUCAUCGUCACCCACUGGUGCAUCAUGACCUUCUGGAUCAUCCAGGGCGAGACGGACUUCUGCAUGUCCAAGUGGGAGGAGAUCAUCUACAACAUGGUGGUGGGCAUCAUCUACAUCUUCUGCUGGUUCAACGUCAAGGAGGGCCGGAGCCGCUACCGCAUGGGCAUCUACUACGUCAUCACCCUGUCGGAGAACGCAGCCCUCACCAUCCUCUGGUUCCUCUACUACGACCGCGACACCACCUCCGACUUCGACGCCUUAAUCCUCGUCUGCGUGGUCAGCUCCAGCUUCGCCCUCGGCAUCUUCUUCAUGUUCAUCUACUACUGCCUCUUGCACCCCAACGGUCCCAUCUUCAGCCCUCGCACCGGGGGCUGCAUUUUCCGCCAGCAGCAGCCGCAGCAGCCCCCCCCGGUGCCAGGGUCUCCGGCGGACGCCGCCGUCACCAGUCCUCCCCGCUCGCUGCCGCGGACUACAGGGGGAGAACGGGAGGGGGCGCCGGGGGAGCGGGACAGCUGCGUGCCCGUCUUCCAGGUGCGCCCCUGCGCCCCGCCGGCUCCAGCCGCCCGCGCCCCCCGGACAGAGGGUCCUGUCAUCCGCAUCGACCUGCCCAGGAAGAAGUACCCGGCCUGGGAUGCCCACUUCAUCGACCGGCGCCUGCGGAAAACCAUCCUGGCGCUGGAGUACGCCUCGCCCACCACCCCGCGCCUGCAGUACCGCACCGCCGGGGCCCCCCAAGAGGUGCUGGAGUAUGAGACCACCGUGUAGGGUGAGGGGACACACACACACCCCUCCCGGUGCCAUCCCGGCGUCUAUCGCAGCUGUUUGCCUUUCUGUUGGGUUUGCCGGCGCUGCCGCCGUGCCACCCCGCGGGCGGGGGACGGGGAGGUCUCUUGGUGCUAUCCCCCCCACCCCCCACCCUGAGCCACCCUCCCGCAGCCAAGACCCACCCCGUCCCACCCCAGGGUGGUCACCGGGGCUCCCCCCAACCCCGGGGCUUGUCCUUGCCAAAAUACCUCACGGUGCCUGAGCCUGCAGUGGGGGUUGCUGUGGCCCGACCAUGCCAGUGGGGCAAGGGUGGGGGCCAGGGACGCCCCAGGCUGGAGGCUGGCAGGUGUGAGGGACACAGUGGGCAGCACAUGGGGCCAUGGGUGCCUGUGCCACGGCAGGGCAGUGGGGCUGGAGUGUGGCUGCGCUGGGGGGGUGUGUGGGGCUUGUCACUCCUGGGUAGGGGACAACAGGGGGUCCAGACAGCCCCCCCAUAUCCCCUGCUUCCCCCCAUACCCUGCAGUGCUGGUCCCAGGGGACCUCUUCUUCUGCACCCUCAGGCCCCCUGCCUCAGGGUCAAGCCAUGUCGCCAGCCUCACAGGGUCUCUGCUCACCUGUGGGGUGCAGACCCUGACCAGGGUGGGUGUUUGUGGGCUCUGGCUGUGCCCCAUCACCCCCCCGCACCCACCCCACCCCCCCACCCCCCAGCAGCUGCUUCAUCUCAUUGGGGUUGUUUUCACCUGUGACAUUUUGUGUGACAUUUUCUACCUCCGCUGUGGCCGGGGGGGUGCAGGGCAGGGCCUUGGCUGGCACUGCCGUGGGGGGGUCAUGGAGGCUCAUCAGUGUUCCCAGGGCUUCCCAAAGUGGGAUUCGCCCCCCCCCCCCCUCUCCCCGUCUUGGCUGGGCAUCUCUUCCCAACCAGGAGCGUUUCCAUUCACCCCACCACGGGCAUCGUCCCCGUCCAGCUCCUCUGUGGGGUCCUGCCCUGCCUCCCUGCUGCCAGUCCCUGCCAGCCCCUGCCUGCCCAGAGGAGUGGAGGCUCCCCGGGCUUCGGGUCUGAAUGUGUCCCUGGUCCUGCCCGGGCCGUUGGGGUGCCCCCACCCAAAGGGCUGUGCUGAAUGUACCCUGUGUCCCCUGGUGCCAGGCGUGUCACACGGGGGGGGGGUCCCUCUGUGUGUGUAUGUGUAGGGGGCUGGCAGGGGCAGGGGAGCUGCGGGACCCCCCAGCCAUGCCCCCUGUGCCUUCCCUGAACCUCCCGUGCCCCCCAAAGUGACCCCACAGGGUGCUGCAGUGCCAAGUCCUGCCCAGGGAUAGGGAGCCUGGGCAGAACCACCAGCCCUGGGUGCCAAGGAGCAUCACAUGAGGCAUGGCAUAAGACACUGUGCCAGCCAGAAGAAGGGCUCAUACGGGGGCGCGGGGAUGCUGCCCCUGGGAAUGGCUUUGGCUGCUGCCCGCUGUGCCAGGGCGGGUGUCCGUCCCCAUGGCACGGCCGGGGUGAGCAGCGGGGGCGGUGCGGGUGGCGCCACGCUGGGUUUUCUCCUUCCCUUUUCUCUGUAGCUAGAGCGCUGCGGCGGCGGCAGGCCGGGGCGGGCACUCGCUGUGCCCACUGCUGCUAACUGGUGCUAACUCGGAGAGCCUUCUGGAGGAGGGUGCGGAGCGUGCCUGGGGCUGGGCACUGGGCUGGGCAGUGAGCCGGGCCCUGGGCUGGGCAGUGAGCCGGGCAGUGGGCUGGGCAGUGAGCCGGGCAGUGAGCUGGGCAGUGAGCUGGACAGUGGGCCGGGCAGUGGGCUGGGCAGUGGGCUGGGCAGUGAGCCGGGCAGUGGGCCAGGCACUGGGCUGGGUGCCACACACCUCACUGCUCGCUGCCAGUAAGGGAUGGACACCAGCGGUGG